ACGUUGUUACCUGAGCAUGCCCUCCCUUUGUAAACAAUGCCGUAUCAUCAGAUUAAACGCCCCUUGUAUGGAUUAGCAUACACGUCGUUAUUGCUCAAUCGCAUGUCUGAAAGUCCAUAUCAACUUUUCUGUCCUGUGUCUUGGGUGAGCAUCUGUGCAGUACAAGACAAAACUGGGGCUGCUUAUUCAAGCGCCAGUCCAGGAUAAAUGGCUCAAAGGGGAGAUAACUCUCAAGAUGAACUGGAAUAUUUUUCAGCAGAGGAGUCAGUGAGCCUGACAGACUCCAGUGAGUAUGUUGAAUUCCAGGAUCUCAGUGUGGGCACCACAGAUGCCCGGCAGCCAGGGACCACGAUGGAGGAGAACUCCCCCACCAUCCACAUCACACCCUCAACUGACUCACAGUCAGAGCGUCAUUACAAUGAACGGAAACAAGGCCGUAGCAAGAAACAAAAAAGACGAUGGAGAAAUAAACUGAAGAGCUUACAGCCGACAUUUGAUUUUCCAUUCCAAAAUAUUGAUAUCAUUGACAAUGACUUUUUUGAAUUUCUGGGUAUUUCAAAUAAAAUUUCAAGGUCACAUGUUCGAAAUAUCCCAACCUUGUUUAAUCUUUGUCUAGAUGCUUUGACAAUCAAGCAAUCAUUUUCAAAAUUAUCUAAAAUGUGCUAUGUCUCCCCUGCGAUGAAGGAUGUGUUAUGUUAUAAACAGGCAGAUCUGGCGCUUAUGAAUAUCCAACAAUCAUGGCUGCUUCAACUGUUGUAUUACUUUGAACAUACUGAUGAGGAGUUGGAAAUAUCUGAUAUUGGGAGGAACAUGGCGUGCAGGAACAUCUGGAACAGCAGAGGUUUUGAUUCCGAACUUAUAUCAUCCUAUGACUGGCUUGGAGAACCAGAUUCAUCAGUAUUGCUCUUCACAAAUCAGUGCUAUCAAGUUCAGACGAGUAUGGUUUUCCUUAACCCCCCUGCCUUUGUAUCAGUGGUGGCGAGUGUGAUAGAGAGUAUGCUACCUGAGCAUAUUUCUGUCGGCCGUCUCAGUCAAUCGUCCCAAAACUGCAGAUCGGAGUCCCAGCUCCUCCAGAAAACCACUGAUACCAUGGUCUCCUCUGUCAGGGACAAAUUCAGGAAACGGUACCCCAAGAUUUACAAGUACUUGUUUGAUAGAGCACUUCCCUAUGUGUUCUGGGCUCGAGGGAACAUCAGCCUUGCUGCGGAAUGUUUCAUGAGGCUUGCACAGACCAUGGAGGAAGAGCCGUACAAAGCCAUGAUCUUGAAUGAGGCUGCCAGGCUGUAUGCUCAGAAUGAUGAGUCAUCUAGAGCCUACCGUCUUUACAUGGAGUCACCGAGGGCAGUAGAUGGAGACACCAGCACCCACAGCCUCGAUCUCAUACUGCAGAAAUAUAUGCUGAUGGCUAGCAUCUACGACCAGGGCCCGAUGACCCCAGCAAAGGCAGUGUUAGCAGCCGAGACCUGGAACACUGCCAUGGCCUAUCUGGAUGCUUCCUGUCCCAUGAUCUCCGCCACUCGAGCUGUGGAAUCAUUCCUGUGUUUCCACAGUGGAACAGCAGUGGAGAGUGUUCAGGAUCGUCUGGAGGGGUGUGUGAAGCUGAUAGAGAGACUGGUGGGGUCUUGUGAGGUCUUGCUGCUCCAUCUGUCCCUGGUGAAGGCCCUGCUUGGAGAUGACAAGGGAUCAACAAAGGUGUACAAGUCAUUGAUUAGCAGUUUUUCAUCAAGAAGAGACAAUCCUAACCCAUGGCAACCAGUUCUUGACCAAGUUAAGAAUUGUGACAUCCCAAAUAUCAUGAAGGUCAUAUGGAGGACACAGCUCAGCCAUCUUCGGAUUGUCAGAGACAAGUACUGCUUUGAGGGGGACUACCAAUCCAUGGCAGACCUCAACCUGAGACUGACAGAUGCUGGCUUCCUGACGGCUGAUCUGCAGAUGGUGCUGCCCCCUAUCAGAGCCCUCAACCUGGAUCCUUACACAGGUUUCAACUUUCACACCCCGAGGCAGACACAUGCAUGGCAUUCAAUCUCUGAAAUAUGUCCUCAAGGCAUUUGUUAUUUGAGAGGCCUGUACCUGGUUCCCACCCUGAGUGAACUGUACCGUGAUGAGACAGGGAACACAGUACACUUCUUGGCUCCCUAUGCAUAUGAAACGUCUGCCUUCAAACGAUGGAAGACAGAGACUAAGCCAGUCAAAUUAUUCUGGACAGGGGCCAAUGGACAGAGGGCAAAUGUCAACCUUUCAAAACUAGUGAAACAGUUGCUGAAGCAGAAAACUACUUUUGAAAUAUUUUCUGACCCUGACAGACCCAAAAAAUGGAAGGAAGAUAUGUUGGUUACAACUGAGUACUGUUUGGCCAGGGGGUAUAACCCAAACCUUUCUACUGUGACCUUUGUCUAUUGCUACCUCUGGGACAAGGUUGUGGCAUCUUCUCAGUACAUAGACCGGUACGGGGAACUGUCGAAGCCUGAGAAGAGAAAGGCUGCAGAAGUCCCUGAAUUCUCUCGUCAGCCUCAUAUGUUCAUGGCCAUGCUGACAGAAUAUUACUCCUUCAAGGACACGCUCUAUCUGAGUCUUUCUGUUGAGGGUGAAAACAAGAAUAUUCUGGUUUUUGUAGACUGUACCAACGAGGCCACCUUCCUGGAGCCUGUCCUGACAAUGGACUAUCAUGGAUGGAAGUCUGCAGUGGAUGACCCAUCCAUGUCCAGUAUACAGGUUCUGAAGGCUGUCAAGAAACACAGACAGUUUCCUCAAGAUGAGAUCAUGUGGCGCAUUGGGAGGACAAGCCCAAGUGAUACCAGUGCAUGUAUUGUCGUAUACGGCAAAGGUGGCAGGAUACUGAAGACCUUCUCCCAUCAUAGCAUGCCAACUCCAUAUGUGCUGGGGAAGAAACUAUAUGGCAUCACACCAGACCAAAAAAGCAUAAUAUGCAACCCUAUCACUGCAGAUGAAAUUUUGAGUGAAGAAUUUCCAGCAAUAACAACUCUCCUGUUUGGAGGAAACAAGAUCAUGGUUGUAACAAACAGCGCCAUCUACUUCCUGCAUCCUGACACACUACAAACCCUGAAUAUUACCAGGCAACAAGACAGCAGCAGCCUGGAGGUGAGUGAGGAUGGCCGCUACAUCAGCUUCCUGCCAGGAUCUCUAGCCAGGAUCCUAGAGCAGAAAAAACUGGAGGAGAAAACCAGACUUGCAGUCGGCAUCGGUGCCACACUGAUGUUUGUGGAUGUCACAGAUAAUGCUGUAGAGGUUGGCAUGGACCUUUUGGUUCCUGGAGUUCCAACAGAGGUCUACACCAUCAGUGCUCAUGCUGGGUUUCUGGUGACAUUUAAAAUACAACUUGAUGCAAUAGAACUGCAGAGGGAGCAUGUGUUCCACUAUGACAGCCACGGGAAGAUCCUAGGGGUGCUGCCCUUCCUUGGACCAGGACCAAGAUGUUUCUGUGUGGAGUACUUGAAGGGUCAAGAGGACGAGGCAAACACAGAUUCUGAAUGUGGCAGGAGGGGUUGGCACGUCUUUAUGAGGGACGGCCAUCAGGGAAUUAUAGGUGUACGCCUGUGAAUAACAGGAACUGUCACAGACUGGUCAUGAGGGAAUUAUAGGUGUACGCCUGUCAAUAACAGGAACUGUCACAGACUGGUCAUGAGGGAAUUAUAGGUGUACGCCUGUCAAUAACAGGAACUGUCACAGACCGGCCAUCAGGGAAUUAUAGGUGUACACCUUGGAAUAACAGGAACUGUCACAGACUGGCCAUGAGGGGAUUAUAGGUGUACACCUGUGAAUGACAGGAACUGUCACAGACUGGCCAUGAGGGGAUUAUAGGUGUACGCCUGUGAAUAACAUGAACUGUCCCAGACUGGCCAUCAGGGGAUUAUAGGUGUACACCUUGGAAUAACAGGAACUGUAACAGACAGGUCUUCUGAGGAUUAUAGGUGUACACCUUGGAAUAACAGGAAUCUUUUGAACAAAGCUAAAAUUACUUGUUAUCACUUUCACAUUUACUCACUUUUUUAUUUUCAUUUUAAAUUCAAUAUAGAUGUAAUAAAGAUAUUGGACUUGGACAGAGGCAAAGGAUAUCUGAUUUUGUAGGAUCUUGUAUUUGAUGGAGUUUGUGCAUUAAUGAAACAGAUGACCAGAGUUUGUGCAAAAAUAUAGUCAAAUUGGGUGAAAGUUCAAAUUUGUGUUAAUCUUAACCUUAGGAAAAGUUGUUCUCACACAUGUAUUAUGUCAUGGCCAUGGCUGAUGCUUCUUUCACUUCAAAACACUUUGUGGGAAAACUCUUUGACUUGUCCUUGUUUUGACUUGACAGCUUUGAUUUGAAAUGACACAUCUUUUAAGAGAACUUAAACAAACUAUGACAAGUCCUUAGUCUAUUUCAUUCAUCAUUUCUCUCAGUGCAUUUCAAUAAAAGAGGUUAAAGUGUUUGCUCGUCACACCAAAAACCCACAUUCAAUUCCCAACAUGGGUACAAUGUGUGAAGCCCAUUUCUGGUGUCCCCCGUCAUGAUAUUGCUGGAAUAUUGCUAAAUGCGGCAUAAAAUCAAACUCACUCACUCAAUAAAAUAAAAUUCCAGCCAAAGUAUUUCUGUUUAAACUCAAGAUACUGACUUCAAACCAUGACUGAACUAAAGUUUAGUUGACGGGGGUGACCGGUGUGUGUCACAUACUCUGACAGAUGUUCACAUUAUCUACCACUGGUUUGUUUUGGCCAGGAUGCAGCACUAAUAUUGCUGAUUUCACCCACUCACACAACUCAAAACAGUUCAAGUCAAAUGUUUAGCCAUUUACUUAAUUUCAUCCUUACAGAUGUGGCAAGGCAGAUUGCAUGUUCUUAUUUUCUGGAAAAAGCACACACAGCAAGAUUUAUUCAAGGUAUUAUGUUUAUUUGGAACCUGAAUGUGAUAUGGGAUGUUGAACAAUGAAGUCAUGGCGCAUCUUAUCCAAUCAUAGGCGGUGAUGCAACUGUUCCAUCGUCUUUCACGUAGAUGCGCACACGGUCAAAGCGCAGGUCGCGUGUCACCAUGGAAUCCUCAGGUAAAACAAUGACCUGUGAUUACAAGAAAACAUAGAAAUAAUUGCCCAAACUGGAGUCAUAGUCCCACAUUUAUCAAUCAUCAGAUUAGUAAUUUGAUAUGUUUUAAAAACUCCCGCAUCUAUUUUAUUUGUGUUAUUUAUUCACCCACCCACCCACUUAACAUUUAGAGGAAAUAAAAAAUACUUAAAUUAGAAA